AUGGCGCACGUGCUCUCGGGUCUACCGCGCAAGGUGUGCAUCACCGGCGCGCGCGGACUGGUGCGGAAGGGCGGCGGGGCCGGAAAUAGCGGCUCGGUGACGAAACCGAAGCACCUGAUCCAGUCGGUUCUGCAGGACGCGCUGGUCACGGACACCAAGGGGUUGCUGCGGUUGUCCGAUCUGGACGGACUGGUCGCCGUGCCCUCGCUGACCGACCCGCACUUCAUGGAAGCCCACUAUCAGGCGACGUGUUUGGGCUUGUUUCCCGCGGAGAAACCCCUCCGCGUACGGACGAUCGACACCGGGGGCGCCGGGCCGGUGUCCGCGCUCCUCGAAGCGGCGCAAAUGAUCGAGUGCGAAAAUUGCGAGGUGGUCGCCGUCGUGGCGGGCGACUGCGUGGGGUCUUUAUCUUCGGCGGAGUUUCUGAGGCGCGCGGACGCGAGCUGCCAGAACUUGGAGCACCCGAUGCCCAGUCCGGUGAUUCCUCACGGGUAUGAUAGGUACACUUCGCACCUCCUCAACCAAGGCCACUGCACCCGCGACCAGCUCCGGCUCGUGCCCGUGCUGGAGUCUUGGCACAGCAGCUCCUUCGCCGCCACAGCGGACAGAAGUUCUUCGAGUAGUUCUUACACGCCGCUGACGAAAAAGCCGCUGUCGUUGGCGCAGGUGCGGGAAGCCGAACCGGUGACGGAGAACAUCUCCUUGCUCGAGUGCGCGCGGCGAGCGGACGGCGCGGCGGCGAUCGUUCUUGCCAGCAACCGGUUUUUGCUCCGACGCUUGCAAGAGCGGGACGGAGCGUACGACGAGUCGUGGCUGUCCAAGUUGCCGGUGGUGCUCGGCGGUGCGGAAGCCUCCGGCCCGCUCUAUCCGCCACCACUAGAGGAGGUCACCGGCGCGCACUUUUCCAGCGGGGAAGCGGCCUGCAGGUUUGCGUACGAGGAGGCGUGUCUCGCACCGGAAGACAUCGACUUCUUCGGCUUGUACGACUGCUUUCCGGUCUGCUUCCUGAAGGCCUUGGAAGCCGCGGGAGUGGCCCCCGCCGGCAAAGCGGGCGACCUUCUGCAGGGGCUGCACGACGAGUUUGCACCGGUUCUCUUCUCCGCUGAGCACCACUCGCUGCCUCAACUACACGGCGAGGGGCGUUCACUUGCAGACAUCGACCCCGCUGCGUACCGCCGGUUUUUGGAGAAGUUUCCCAUCAACACGCACGGGGGGCUGCUGGCGUUCGGUGCACCGUGGGAAGUGCCGGCAGCGUUCAAUGUGGUGGAGGCCGUCCGCCACCUCCGGCAGGCAGCUAUGGCCACCACAAGUUCUGGUGUACCAGCGAGCUCAGUGAGGAAUUGCCGUCGAGCCUUGGUGUACGGAAAUGGCGGGAUCUUCUCUGCCUCUGCAGUUGCCAUAUUGGGUGUUAGAUGAAAGAAAAUGUUGUAGAGAAAAAAUGAAUGCUGCAACAAGGACAAUUAUCGUUUACGUUCUUGUUGAAGAAGAAUACCCACUACAAGGAUUAAU